UCUCAUUCACAAAUAAGAGAGAGAGAGAGAGAGUUGUUGGGAGCCGGUAGUAGAGUAAGGAACAAUUUUGCAGUUGAUUCAUAUAUCUGUGCUGCUGUGUGAUCAUUGAUCAGAGAGAGAGAGAUGGAGAAGAUUAGCCAAGCCUUUGAGAAGGUGAAGAUGAACCAAGCCUUUGAAAAGGUGAACGUCAACCAAGCCUUCGACAAGAUGAAGAUGCUCGUCGGAAUGGAGGCCGACAACGACGACGACGAAGAAGCCGCCUCUUCUUCUUCUGCUCUGCAGCACCAGGAUUCUUUCAUGGACGACUUCAAUCGCAACUGCACCUUGUCCACCAAACAGAGGUUUUAUGGCUUCGCCAUCUGCUUGGCUUCUGGAUUGACUUGUACACUCCUGUCGAUGCUUGUUUUCUUCCAUCCAAUCAAGUUUGCAAUUACAUUCACACUUGGGAAUCUGCUUUCACUUGGCAGCACAGCAUUCCUCAUUGGACCUAAACGGCAAGUCACAAUGAUGCUGGAUCCUGUUCGCAUUUAUGCGACAGCCAUAUACAUUGCGAGCAUAAUAAUUGCAUUGUUUUGUGCUCUCUAUGCUCAUAACAAAAUAUUGACACUUUUGGCAAUAAUUUUGGAAUUUGGUGCAUUGGUUUGGUAUAGCUUGAGCUACAUUCCUUUUGCAAGGUCCAUGGUAUCGAAGAUCAUGCUAGCUUGUUUUGACACUGAAUUUUAGGCUGAUAUUCACCAACCAGAAGGCUUGUGGUUCAUCUUCUGGAGGAAGUUUAUUUCCUGUACACAUUUGAGUUUUUUGUGGUACAUAAAGCAAGGCAGUCAAAUACACAGAUUUGAAAUGUAAAUUGUAUGGAUUGAGAUACUAAUUUCUACCAAAGCUGUUUUUCCCCAUUUCCAUAAGAAAAGAUUUUCAUGGCUAUGUUGUAUGGAUGACUUUCUGAGAUAUAUCAUCAAACUAUCAAUGAAAGAGAAACUGCAGUUCA